AUGUCGAGUGACACUGAAACUCCAACUGCUCCUGCUACCUCGUACCCUCCUCCGCCGGCAUGCCCUGAACCAACCGAUCUUUGCGCGCCCAACCAGGCCACGUUCGGCACUGAUACUUGCGCAUCGAGCAACGAGCAGGCAUACCAAGUCAAUUGCGGUAUCGCCUAUGUCGGUGAAGAGGUUGAGGAAAGCGCCGUUAACUUCCCGCCACCGAGGAAACACAAGCGCUACACCUUCCCGGCCAUCGAUUUGCAGUACUGCCAGGACACUUGCGAUCUUUCGCCACCCUGCAAGUACGUCAACUAUAUCGAGGGUAACUGCACGCUGCUUAGUGAAGUCACGGGUUAUACGUAUAUCAACGGCGCCGUCACUGCAGAACAAGUGCCCAACCCACCGCCGCCAGAGCCAGAGGUCGUCACGACCACGACCACGACGUCCUCUUCAGCUCCCACGCCUACAAUGCCGUUCAUAUCCGCGGCCGAUGCUCAGUGUCCACAGAACAACGGCUCGUUCGUCCUGGACAAUUGUGGCGUUGGGUACAUCCUGGGUUGUGGUCUUGAUACACAGCCCGGCAGCAAUGAUUUUUUCCCCACGGCCACUUUCAAUGAUUGCUUCCAGGUCUGCUCGAGCGGUGACCAAGGUGUUUGCUCGGGCUUCUCCUGGCUCGGUGGGAACUGUUACCUGAAGCGCUUUGGCAGUAUGACUUUCUUCGAGAACGGCGGGACGCAGGUCGGUGCCAUUCAACUGCAGUACUACGACAAUGGCAGCCCUGAUCCUACGUCGGCGAGUCGAGCGUGCACGGUGCCGUCUACGACUUCCACGAGCUCAAGCACCACCAGCUCGUCCUCGUGGGCUUCAAGCAGUGGAUCGAGCUCCAUGGCCGCGGUCACUUCGAGUGUGUCAUCCAGCUGGUCUUCAUCAGCCGCAUCAUCCCUGCCGUCCACCACGAGCUGGUCCAGCUCGACAGGAGGCGUGUCUUCGUCGUCAACCACUUCAUCGCCAUCUUCGACCACGAGUCUUACUGUCAGCACAUACACGGCGCCAUUCAGCUGUCCUGGAGUCAGCGGCUUGACCGUGGCAGAUACGUAUGGAGUCAUCUACGAAGUCCGAUGCGACACCACCAUUCCAGGAGGUCAGAUCGAUACCCAGCAAGUAACGGGUGGCUUCAACGACUGCUUCCAGAUCUGUGACACGAAUGCAGACUGCACUGGCUUUACUUAUUUGGCAAACUACUGCUACAUCAAGGGUGACGUUCUCGCAUUCGAUACUCCACAACAGGAUGUCUUUGCGGCUAUCCGUAGAGGUGGUUCGUAUAACCCUCCUGGAACCAGCUCUUCGUCCAGCGCGGCAAGUACUUCCAGCUCUACGGCCGUCGUGAUUGUUUCGACCACGAGCACUCCUGGCCAGACCAGCUCAAGCUCGAGGUUCAGCUCCACUUGGUCAUCGAGUGUGCCUGCAAGCUCCAGCGGCAGUGCUUCGCCAUCGUCGAGCAUCGCAUCUAGCGUGGCCAGCAGCGGGUCGAGCUCCGCCAGCAGCGUCUGGUCGAGCACGGCUAGCAGCACUUGGAUUGUAUCGGGCAGCAGCACUUGGAGCGCGUCCGGUAGCAGCACUUGGAGCAGCACUCCAGGUGUGUCAAGUUCGGGCUCGAGCGCUUGGUCCAGCACAUGGUCCAGCGUACCAGGCGCAUCGACUUCAUGGUCAGGAGGCAGCAGCAGCACCUCCUGGGCGUCCUCCUCGGCAUCGCAAUCUCAAGGCCAGGUCUCCAGCCUUACGCCUUCGAGCGCUUGGUCGUCGAGCGUGUGGCCAUCCAGCGCUGCGUCAUCCGUGUCUUCUGGGACCGUCAGCAUUACCGUCUCGCCAUACCCGUCACCGACUUCAUCAUCGAUGGCGGCUGGCAGCAGUUCUGCUGGUGCAUCAUCUGGAUCAAGCGCUGCCUCGUCUUCGGUAUGGGCCUCGUCGUCUUCGGUGUGGGCUUCCUCAUCAUGGGCCUCCUCGUCACCUGCUGGCGUUUCGUCUUCUGCCGCCGGCGCAUCUUCAUCCUGGUCGGCGAGCAGUGCUCCAGGAGUCUCAUCCAGCACCUGGUACCCCGCAGGCAGCUCCUCGCCAGGCGCCUCAUCGGCCCCUGCCAGCUCAGGCUCAGUCGCUCCAAGCGGAAGUGCGAGCGGCAGUGCGAGCGUCGGACCAGCGACUUCUAGAUCAUCUUCUGCUGGUGUCCCUGUCUCAUCACCACAGUCCGCUUCACAGAGCGCAGCCGCCUCGUCUUCCCCGACAGGACAGACGGUCAUGCCCACUCUGCCGACCGGCUACUUCAACACCUCAUCUUCCACCCGCCCUUGGCAGUCGCCGUCGCUUCCGAUCUCUCAAUUACCAGACGGAUCGAUAUCUGCCGGCUCAUCCCAGAGCCCAGGCGGCGCCUCCACAACACCAGGAGGCAACACAUCCCCAGGAAUCUCCCCUGGCGUCUCAACACCACCAGGCAGCUCAGGAGGCGGCGCGACCCCCACCGGCGGCUCCGCCACGAGCGGCAGCACCGCCCCCACACCCCUCGUAAGCGUCUGCCCGGCCUACGACGGCCAAAACUACACCUCCCCAUCCGGCCAAACCUACGAAGUCCAAUGCAACUCCGUCUACACGGGCACGCGCCUGUCGAACCCCAACGCCGCCCGACGCCAAGCCUCCUACACGCCCUCGCUGGCCUCGUGCAUGGCCGUCUGCCAGGCCAACGACGCGUGCGUGGCCAUCAACGUCACGCCGACGGAGUGCCAGUACCUCAGCAGCAUCGACGGGAUGGACACGGCGGCGGGGAGCAUCGCGCUGUUGAAGGUCGAUGCGGCGCCGAGUCCGAGCCCGAGCGUCAUCGUCGUGACGGUUUGCGCGGCGACGCGCACGACGACGAUUUUCACUACGGCGACGUUGACGACUUGUCGCGCGGAUAAGGUUUGUCCUGCGUCGUCGUUGUCGUUGUCGUCGUCGGGAGGGCCGGUGGCGUCGGGGUAUGGGAAGAGGGAGAUUUGA